UGGCGCAUGCGCACCUCCUUUCCUCUGGUUUCCAAACGCGGUUGCCGCUGUUCGGGUCCUUCUUGUUCCUCCCGGCCAUCGUCAUGGUGAAAUUAAGCAAAGAAGCAAAGCUGCGGCUGCAGCAGCUCUUCACAGGCGGCCAAUUUGCCAUCCGUUGGGGCUUUAUUCCUCUGGUGAUUUACCUGGGAUUUAAGAGAGGUGCAGAUCCUGGGAUGCCAGAACCAACUGUUUUGAGCUUACUUUGGGGAUAGAGGACUAUUUGGUCAUCUGGACCGGAAGCAAUCAGUGGACAGGAACACAUGGAAAGUGCUCUGGCUGGGAUAAGAAAUGCAACAGCGUUCAGAUGGUCACCACGUGGAUGCUGCAGGGCUCUUCACAGAUGCAUCUGGGGCAGAGUAGAACCUCUGCUGACUUAUUUAUGUAGAAUGUAUCAAAAUAAAUAUUUUCUCAACAGUGUUA